AUGAUACAAUAUAGUCAUAUUCUACAAUUUUUUAUAUUAAUUUUACUUAGUAUCAUCAGAUCAACUCAUCAAACUGUUUAUACAUGUAGUGCAAGUGCAUCAUGUGGUUGUUCAAUGAAUUCUGCAAUAGUCAAUCGUAUUGUUGGUGGAGAAGCUGCGAGUUCAGGUACAUGGGGUUGGGCUGUCUCAAUCUCUAUUGCUGAUAGGUCUCUUUGUGGUGGAUCGAUUAUCUCAAGUUCAUGGGUUAUCACAGCAGCACACUGUGCAGAAGGUGUUUUAGCAUCCCAAUUUAUUGUCUAUGCUGGAUCAAAUACUCAAUGGUAUGGCACUCAAACUCGAAAUGUCUCAAGAAUUAUUUUACAUUCAGGAUACAACCCGGCAACUUAUGAGAAUGAUAUCGCUCUAUUGAAACUUGCCUCUCCAUUGAAUAUGAGUAAUCCUUAUGUGAGUUCAAUUUGUUUACCAUCAGUUAGUCAGACAACAUUAUCAGCUGGUGAAUGGCCAUCAGUUGGAACAAAUGUAAGUGUCUUCUCGUCUUCAAAAUUGAUCUGGAAUAUUUUUUAUUGGGUUGUAGCUGUUGGAUGGGGUAGAUUGAGUGAAGGGGGUUCAUUACCAUCAACACUUCAGCAAGUUACCAUGCAAACAGUAGACUACCGAGCAUCGACUUGUAAUCAAACGAUGACUGAUUGGCAUGUACAAUUUUGUGCUAGUGUACCAGGUGGUAGCAAAGAUACUUGUCAAGGUGAUUCAGGUGGUCCAUUGAUGAUGUUUAAUGAAAGUAAUCAAUGGGUAUUGGUCGGUCUGACGAGUAGUGGUAUUGGUUGUGCACGAGCUGCAUAUUCGGGAAUGUAUACACGAGUUGCUGCGUAUUAA